AGCCAGAAGAGAAACCACUGAAAAAAUGGGGACAUUCUUGGGACAUUUCGUACCAGGUCUUUCUCUUGCAUUCCUGGGACUAUGGCAUGUGUUAAACACUAUCAGAUGUUAUUGUUUCAAAGCCUCCGAGGAUUUCUCCGUUAGAUUCUGGUUCCCGUUUCCGAAAUCUAAGCAUAUUGAGCUAAUCUCAAUCCUCUUCUUCUCGCUACUCUCGAUCGUUCUUCUUGCCCUCGAUUUCCCUUCCUUUAGCUUCACUUUCAAACCCGACAACCUUGAACACGCUUCAAUGUUCCUACACCUCGCUAUAUUCGUGGGUUUCGCGUUGUUUUGUGAAGUAACCCUUUCUUCAGACAUGUUCUCCGGAUUCAUUGGAGUUCUUUUGGCUUCUGUCUUCGGACAGGAACUAUUCCUCCUGCAUUUUCACUCCACUGAUCAUGUAGGCCUUGAAGGGCAUUACCAUUUCCUCCUCCAGCUCGUGGUUUUCGUCUCUUUCUUAUCGGCCUUAGCCUCGAGUUUUUACCCUAAAAGCUUCUCUUCAGCUCUUGUUCUCUCCGUUUCGGUUCUUUUCCAAGGUUGCUGGUUCUUGAACAUGGGUUUCAUGCUCUGGGUUCCAAGAUUUGUCCCAAAGGGUUGUGUUAGUACACCAUAUCAUAGAAACCCUAACGUAGCUCAUGGUGCCGUGGCCUGCAAGUCACUUGGAGCGGAGAAUAGGGCAAAAGCGUUGGCGAAUCUUCAGUUCAGUUGGAUUCUGUCUAUCAUAACGAUUUGCACAUGUGCCUUGUGCCUCAAGUUGUCCGCGAAAGCUGCCUUGCCGAAGAAGUGUCAAUCUUCUGAGUACGAGCGUCUUUGUCGCCAAGGCAACGAGUGUUCCGUGGCCGUGAAAGCAGCAACGUCUUCGGAUCAAAGAUAGAUGUUAUUUGUGUUAUAUAUAUGUAUAUGUAUAUAUACUGUUACUUUUCUUGUUUUGUACCCUCCUUUCAAAAGAGAUUCACACGAACUUCUCUCUUGCUUUGAAUGUACAAACAAACACAAAAAACGUUUCUGAAUUUCACUUCAUUAUAAAAAGGAUACAAAAACAGAACACACCAAACAGACUUAUAAAUACAGACAUGUAACUGCUAUA